AGCUGAUAGGUGUAGGCUGGUUUGAAGAUGUUCGACAAAAUGAUACUGGGAAUUUUGCUGAUCGCCAUACAGGCUGUUUUAACAACGGCAGUGACUGGUGAUAACUAUGUAAUAGAUGCCAGUGUCGGAUUUGGAAGAACGUUCAAUGGAAUCGGUGCCAUUAGUGGUGGAGGGGCAACAUCGAAGUUAUUAGUGAAUUACCCAAAACAACAACAGUCAGAAAUAUUAGAUUAUCUUUUCAAACCCAACUUUGGAGCAUCUCUGCACAUAUUUAAAGUGGAAAUCGGAGGCGAUAUCCAGAGUACAGAGGGAACCGAAGCUUCUCACAGCCACUAUGGCUGGGAUUUAGAUUACACCAGAGGUUAUGAAUGGUGGAUGCUACAAGAAGCUAAAAAGAGGAAUCCUGAUAUAAAACUGUAUGGAUUACCAUGGGGAUUCCCGGGUUGGCUAAGGGACACAACUGAUCAGCCAUGGAAAGACAUUCAGACCACAGCGGAUUAUGUUGUGAGCUGGAUUCAGGGAGCUCGUUCUAAGUAUAAUUUAACCAUCGACUAUAUCGGGAUCUGGAAUGAAAGUCCGUACAAUGUCACCUAUAUUAAAACUCUUCGUAAAACUCUCAACAAAGCUGGAUUUAGCUCCACGUUGAUCAUUGCUUCUGAUCAAAAUGGUUGGAAAAUAGCAGAAGAUAUGGCAAAGGACCAAGAAUUAUCGGAUGCUAUUUAUGCUCUGGGAUCCCAUUAUCCAGACAAAAAGAGCACGCCAUUGGCGCAACAAACUGGCAAACCUUUAUGGGCUUCAGAAGACAGAGUUGACCAAUUAGCCAGGUAUUCAAUAUUACACAAUAAAAUGUUGUCCUGUUUUACCCACCUGGGUUUAAGGGCCCUGGGAUGUCGAAUGACGCUGAAUGAAAAUUACGUUACUGGUUAUAUGACAUCGACUGUCUUAUGGAAUGUUGUGGUAUCGUAUUAUUUUGGUUUACCUUGGGUAAACUCUGGUUUAAUGACAGCAAGGGAGCCAUGGUCUGGGUAUUAUGAUGUUAGAGAUUCAAUUUGGUUUACAGCUCAUACAACCCAGUUCACCAAGAUUGGUUGGAAAUAUUUAAAACAUGAUAGUGGUGCUGGAAUGUUAUCUUUUGGUGGAAGUUACGUAUCUUUAGUUAGUCCAGAUCAACAGGAUUUUACUUUAAUCAUUGAAACAAUACGGUUUAGGUCAGUAUGGUUUCAGAAAUGUUACGUUUUUGCUGAAAGGAAUGUUGGUGAGUUUACUUUUGUUACAGUUCCAUUUUUCAAUAUCAGACUCUCAAAUCUGCAUCAUAACAGAGCAAAACAGGAAUAUUUCAAACAGUUAGAAAAUAUACCUGUUGUUGAUGGUAUGGUUCAGCUUCAACUAAAGGAUUCUGAGGUGUGGACUCUCAGUACUAUAAGUACCAGUUUUAAAGGAUAUCAUCCCAAUGUUCCUGAACCACAACCGUUUCCUACAACUUACUUUGAAGAUUUUGAAGGUUACAAUAUUGGUGAAGAAGCUUAUUAUUUUUCACAACAAAUCGGUUCGUUUGAAGUAGCUUCUGAGAAUAAUAAUAAAUUUAUGAGGCAGAUUGUUAUUGAUAUGCCAGUACAUUGGUUCUGGUGCCAUAUUGAUAACUAUAACACUUCAUUAAACGUAUUUGGAGAUUAUAAUUGGAGUAAUUUUACAGCUAGUGUAUCUGUAUCGGUGACUGGUGAAAAUUCAACAGAUUGGGUGUUCCUUGCGUCUAGGGUAUCAGCUGGUGGUUGUCGUUCUCUCCUUGGUACUGGUCUGUUUUUCUACUUCAAUCCAAAACAACAACAAUAUAUGCUGACAACUGACUUGAUGAGAAAUAACAUAAUAGCAUCUGGCGGAGUAAAAAAUAUCAAAUCUGAUUGGAAUGAUUUAGAAUUAACAACAAACGGCAAUACGGUUCUUGGUUAUAUAAACUCUAAUAUUGUAUUUAACGUAAAGGUACCAAUAGAGAUUCUGAAUGGCUGGGCAGCGGUCGGGACUUUCCCUUAUGGUUAUGCUGGAUUCGACAACUUUCUAGUAAAAAAGUUAUAAAAAUAUAUACUAUUUUUUUCGU